CGGUCUCGAAUACAGUUUGGUGUAAGGAAUACAACUCGCCAUGUCCACACCAGCCGCCGUCACACAACCACAGUCCGCAUCCAAAGAACCGCACAGGAUGAGAAUCACAGCAGGCGGCUCAAUAAGACAUUACGUCGCCUUUGCCCUUGCGUCUCUUCGUGAUGAUCCUGCAACUCCUGUCGUCCUUCAUACCCUUCCAUCAUCUUCAUCCUCCCCUUCCUCAUCAUCUUCCUCAUCAUCAACCAACGCACCUAAAAAAGAUAAUGACAAGAUCAAACCCCAACCAAAGUCCAAAUCCCCUCUCCCUGCAUGCCUUAUCACCGCCCCCAGGCUCAUCUCUGUUGUCGAACUUAUAAAGAGAGAGUAUAUCUCUGAAUUAAGAGCUGCAAAGGCGAGCUGCAGGGGAGAUGUGAGGAGUAAAGGGAAAGGAAUUUGGCAGUAUACGGAAAGCGGGCUUUGGGAACCGGCGACGGAAGCGGGAGUGAACGCUGUGACUCAAAGAACUGAGACUGAGGGAAUUGAUGGAGGUGCGCUGAGGAGGGUCCUCGCAGGACGGACAAAACCGAAAAUGUCGCACUCACCUUAUCUCCAAAUCACAUUAUCUGCUCGACCGCUAGAAGGAUUGGAGAGAGAAGGAGCUACCUGCCAAUAUAUGCCCGUUAAGAAAAAUCAACGAGGAAAAAAGGGAUCGGCUAAGAAGAACGGGGACGGUGAGCAAAAUGAGGGAUCGAGGCAAGGAGCCGAGGACAGUGAGAGUGUGGAGAGCAGAGGCACCAAACGCAAAGGCGAAGCGGAGGAUCGUGAGGGCAAGAAGCGUCGGACUGAUGAAUGAUUCAGCCUAAAAGACUGCGUAUUUUUAUGAACCGUGAUGACAUGACGAUUGAAAGUGGA